UUCUCGUGUACAAAUUCACAAACCAUUCUCUACAAUUCAAAUCAGAAUUCAGAACUCUCUCUCACCUCACCAAACCUCUCUCUAAAUUCUCUGAAACCAAUUUCAAACUGUACCAUCGAUCCGAUCUCUCUGCCUCUCUCUCUCUACAAGACAACCAGUAGCAUGGCUGGAACAUCGGUCUCUCCGAUACCGAUUCUGAAGGAUGAACUGGACAUAGUCAUACCCACGAUUCGUAACCUAGAUUUCCUGGAGAUGUGGCGGCCAUUUUUUCAACACUACCAUCUCAUAAUCGUCCAAGACGGUGAUCCGAGCAAGAUCAUCAAGGUCCCCGAAGGAUUCGACUACGAGCUCUACAAUCGCAACGAUAUCAACCGAAUUCUGGGUCCCAAAGCCUCUUGCAUCUCCUUCAAGGACUCUGCUUGCCGUUGCUUCGGCUACAUGGUCUCCAAGAAGAAGUAUAUCUACACCAUUGAUGACGAUUGCUUUGUCGCUAAAAAUCCUUCCGGCAAAGACAUUAAUGCACUCGAGCAGCAUAUCAAGAACCUUUUGAGCCCCUCGACUCCAUUUUUCUUCAAUACCCUUUAUGACCCAUACACAGAGGGUGCUGAUUUUGUCCGUGGAUACCCAUUCAGUCUCCGUGAGGGUGUCCCUACUGCAGUUUCUCACGGCCUCUGGCUUAACAUCCCCGAUUACGAUGCACCCACCCAGCUUGUCAAGCCUCGUGAGCGAAACACUAGGUAUGUAGAUGCAGUUAUGACAAUUCCAAAGGGAACCCUCUUCCCCAUGUGUGGUAUGAAUCUGGCAUUCAACCGUGAGUUGAUUGGCCCUGCAAUGUACUUUGGACUUAUGGGCGAUGGCCAGCCCAUUGGACGGUACGAUGACAUGUGGGCCGGCUGGUGUACUAAGGUGAUAUGCGAUCACUUGGGAUUGGGGAUCAAGACGGGUCUGCCCUACAUUUGGCACAGCAAAGCGAGCAACCCAUUCGUGAACCUCAAGAAGGAAUACAAAGGUAUCUACUGGCAAGAAGAGCUGAUCCCAUUUUUCCAAUCUGCGACCCUUCCAAAGGACUGCACCACCGUGCAGAAAUGUUACAUUGAGCUCUCCAAGCAAGUCAAGGCAAAGCUCGGAAAGGUGGAUGAGUACUUCCUCAAGCUGGCCGACGCCAUGGUCACAUGGAUUGAAGCGUGGGAUGAACUCAACCCGGCUGAAGGAGAAGCAGCUGUACUAACCAAAGAAUCCGGAAAAUAGAUAAUCUGAUAUAGUUUCUCUGAUCUUUUGAUAGAUCUAUUCAUGUAUCGUUUAUUUAUCAGCCUUGCCGUAUGAGAAAAGAGUAUUUGUUUUUUGCAGGUUCGAAGUUAUAUCUUUGUUAUUUUCGAUGAGUUAUUAAGAACAAUAAAAUAUUAUGCAUUUUCCAUUGAAGUAGAUCGCUUUGUUUCUUGA